CAGUGGAGGGAUUGGCAGAGAGGGGUGGAGGACACUGAAUGGAGGCCAGUGGAGGGAUUGGCAGAGAGGGGUGGAGGACACUGAAUGGAGGUCAGUGGAGGGAUUGGCAGAGAGGGGUGGGGGACACUGAAUGGAGGCCAGUGUAAGAAUUGGCAGAGAGGGGUGAAGGGCACUGAGUGGAGGCCAGUGGAGGGAUUGGCAGAGAGGGGUGGAGGCCACUGAGUGGAGGCCAGUGGAGGGAUUGGCAGAGAGGGGUGGAGGACACUGAGUGAAGGUCAGUGGAGGGAUUGGCAGAGAGGGGUGGAGGGCACUGAGCGGAGGCCAGUGGA